AUGGCGUCGUUUGUAACUCUCCCCAACGAGCUGCUGCUCGAGGUUGCUCGAUCUGUCGACGAUAGACCCGAUUUGCACGCCCUCACCCUCGUCAGCAGACAAUGCCACGGCUUUUUCGACCCGGUUCUGUGGCAGCGCGAGGCCUCCCUCAACCGACCUGGGCCAAUACAUUGGGCCAUUGAAGAGGAAAACAUCUCUCUCGUCAAGAAGGCUCUCGACCAUGGUGCUGACCCAAACCAGCCUGCCUACUGCCGUUGGCCCAGAGCAGGGUUCAUGAAUACUCGCUGGUGGGACUAUACACCCACAAGCGCUGAGGGUUCCUGGGCCGAGUUCGGUCGGGUAUGCUGGCGCCCGCUUCACCUUGCCGUCACCAAAGGCAGAACCGAUAUGGUUGAGUUGCUUCUCCACCAUGGGGCCGCGAUAGAUGAGUUGUCAUGGCGUCUUUGCGACUGUGUGCCGCAUCCAUCACGUGCCUUGUUCCCUAACCUCACCACUACAACCGAGAUUCAGGGCCAAGGCUUCCUCGACAUAAAGGAUGGUGGGUGGACCCCCCUUCACUUAGCCAUAUGCCAUCAAGAUGUCGAGAUGGCGAAGCUGCUCCUUCGCCGUGGGGCAUCGACAGACACUCACCGGGAUCUGCGAUGGAAUCACAAUGCCUCUGGUGAACCAUCUCCAAGAGGCAAUGUCACAGCCAUGCACGACGCUGCGCGUUACGGUCUUUUGGAUCUCAUGGCCUUUCUGGUUGAGGGAGGCUACCAGUCUGUCGAUACUUAUUCACACCUGGUCGGAAAGCCAAUUCACCUAGCCAUCUGGAACGGGCACUUCGACACGGCUGUGCCGUGGCUAAUGGCACAAGGCGCCAACUUAGACGAGGCUUGUCGAGUGAUAGGCACGACUCCACUUCUUGCCAUGUGCAAAGAACAACAGUUUGACAGCAUUGUUAGACUCAUUGAACUAGGAGCUGAUGUCUCUUCUCGUGUCGAGGACCACGCCGAUUUCACAGCGCUGCACUGGCUGGCAUACCCAGCCCCAGAUGACCAUUGGCAUUUAGGUGCCGGGCAAACUGCCACUGCAUCAGAGGUUGUCAGGCUUCUUGUUUCCAAUGGCCUUGAUGUUGAUACGCCAGAGAGAGCCAAUGGGCUCUCGGCACUCAUCGUUGCAAGCGGCUAUUGCAACAUUGACAUGAUGCGUACCCUGCUCGAGUGUGGUGCUGACCCUAAUUAUCGGGAUCUCGGUGGCUCAACCGCGUUCAGCAAGAUUGGCAUGCAAGCUGACUUGCCAACACCUCGUAUCUAUGAAGCAGGUCGAAUGCUGAGUGACUGGGGUUUGGAUCUUCAAGGGCCUUUCGGUGAGAAUCAAACAACCCCGCUUAACACGGUGUGCCUAGCUCGCGCACGAUCAUCUGUGAACAGUCCAUUCCGCGAUAGACAGUUUCUGAAUCUCGCAAGGCUUCUGCUGACUAGGGGGGCGGAUCCGAACGAAACAGGACGAUUAAACUCUGCCCCAGUCUCACAGGCCAUCUACAGCUGCGCGUUCGAUAUAGCAUCUCUCCUUCUUGAGAAUGGCGGCCGGCCACAAGUGAAUGACCUCGAAAUCCUCUUGAAGCAAAUGGUACUUAAACCGACUAAUCAAUCUGGUCUUGUUUCAUACGUCCUUGGGCUCGACUAUCAGAAAUAUGGUAUCCUGCGACCUUCGAACAUGUUUUUAGACGACUUAAUAAAGAGGUCAUUCAUCCAAGGUGCUUGGGAAGUCACAACAGAGCUCGUGGAGCACCACAGAAGCUCGGCAUUGCCGGCCAAUGCCCUCCACCGCGUUCUGGACCGCUCUACCCCAGAAUCCAACACGGCAAGCAACCUCACAUUGCCAUUGGUUCGAGCGCUGCUUAAGAAUGGCGCCGACCCCAACGCCACUUGGAAGGGCGAGCCUGCUUUAUACUACGCAGAACGAGCUGCCGGCUUCGAAGCGUAUACCAGAGAACUCAUUGCAGCUGGGGUUGAUCUGGAUAUGACCACACCAAAAAUGCCAGAAGGAGCGUUGCUUUUCCUUUUCAGGAAUGGUCGCCACUGCACUCUGAAGCAUAUUAUCGAGCAUGAUGACAAGAUACUCCAUAAUCGGCCCAAGGAAUUUCACUCCAAGUGCUGGGAAUAUCUUCUCCGGCCCGGGGCCAACAGGGACAUAAUCGAGAAUUCCCAACACUUUGCGGCUGGCGAACAUGAGGGCACAAAUUUUGACAGCCCAACGGGUGAAAUUGACCUCGAAGAGGAAGAGUACGAUAUCACCCCCAUUUCCUGGCAGCCAAUCUACGAGUACAUCAAACGUGGACUUAGAACAGAUGUUGAUCUUGAGCGUGGGGGCACGCUGCGGAACGAAAUGCGAAGAGUUGCGUCGAGUUGUCCUGUGCCGGACUAUGAUGUGAGAAGACAGAUUAUUGAACAUAUGGGCUUUUCUCUGGAAGACCUAGGCCUGAAAGAUGAAAUAAUCGAAUACGAAAGAUAUAAGAAACAUGUUAGUAUAGAGGAUGGACUACUGUUCUUUUAG